GGAAGCAUAUGGUGCUAGGCCGAUAUUUAACCGAUGUUUCGUUGAUGUAUAAUCUGAGUACACGUUUCCGUUUCCCAAAGCCGAAUGUUACCAACAAAAUGGCCUGGUUAAUUUGACGUCGCGAUUUACAAUCCUAAAUAAAUUGCGUUGUUUAGGAGGGCAAAGCAAACUGGGGUAUUGCACACGCGCACUCGAUAGAACGCGUUAAUAUUGUUCAAUAGAAUCUAGGAAGGUCAUGUUUGGCUCCGUUCGCCUCCUUUUAUUGGUUAUGUCCUAUUGGAUUCACUAAUCGCCAGGCUGUGGACUAUCCGUUUUAGUUUAAAGAAUGUUUGAUGUUGUCCAAAGUCUCCAUCUCUACUAAAUCACUGAGAAAUGGGCGGGGCUCCUUGGGUUUGGUUUAAGGAAACAUUGCUAGGACACGUGGUGAUAUAGCCAAAUUGUUCGUUUUCUAAAAUGCUACCGAAAUUACUGCCUACUAUUUGCGUCAGUCCUAUGCUUACUCACCAUUACUAUGUGAAGACGUGACCACUUGCACUGUUCUUUUCCGUUAAGACAAAUUCCAAACCUGGCAAGAACUGUUUAUCAGCAGAGUGGAAAGAAAGUUUUUGACACAAACCAAUGCAAGCAGUCGGAGACCGCUCAGAAGCGAUUUAUCGUUAGCCAGUUAACGUGAGCUAGCUAGCUGGCAAAAUAUUUGGUUAAAUCCAAAGUUAGCUACUUUCCAAACACUUUUUGCGCAUUUGUUGGAGAACUGGCUCGCGAGAUGAUUUUAAGAAAGAUUCCUCCAAUAACGUGCAGAGUUUUGCUGUCUCGGGUUUUGUCUGGACCCAGCCAGGAGCUGUGCUUCUCCUCUUCUGUUCCUGUCCAGCCGGUGCCUCCGCUGUCCCUGACUCUGCAGGGGUAUCUACGAGCUCUGGAACCCUUGAUACCCGGCGAAGAGUUGAUCCACACCCGCAAGAAGGUCCACAGUUUUGGUGAAGAGGGGGGACUGGGUCAGCAACUUCAAGAGGGGCUGGAGAGGCGAGCUAAACAUUCAAACAAUUGGAUAUCUGACUGGUGGGUUCAAUGGGCGUACCUGGAGAGCAGACAGCCCCUGCCCGUUCAUUCUAGCCCCGCAAUAUCCCUGCCCAAACGGGACUUCUCAGACUGGAGGGGCCAACUUGUGUUUGCAUCCAAGCUGAUUGCUGCCGCACUCGAUUUCAAAAACCUAGUUGACAAUGGCCGUCUGCCAGUGGAGUACAUGCGGGGCCAGCCACUCUGUAUGGAGCUUUUCCCCCUCCUCUUCUCAUCCUGUCGGAUCCCAGGCCGCAAACACGAUGCUAUCGCCCACCACAUCCGUGCCCGUCACAUCACGGUGGUGAGGAACUUCCAGUUCUUUCAGCUGGAGGUGUACAACAGUGAUGGCACCCGGAUGACCGAGAGCCAGAUUCACGCCCAGCUCCUGCGAAUCCGGGCAGAAUCCUGGAAAACUGACAAGGAACCCAUGGGCAUCCUGACCAGCGAGCACCGCCAUACCUGGGGCCAGGCCUACAACCGCCUGCUCAAAGAUAAACUAAACAAAGACUCGGUGCGAGCGAUUGAGAAGGGACUGUUCACGCUGUGUUUGGACUCUCCUGUCUUGAGGGUUUCAGAUGAGAAGUACUCCAGUAGAAUGGCAGCUCAAAUCCUGCAUGGGGGUGGGACCUAUUCUAACAGCGGCAAUCGUUGGUUUGACAAAACACUGCAGUUUGUGGUUGGAGAGGAUGGCUCUUGGGGAAUUCUGUAUGAACAAGCGACUGCUGAAGGUCCACCAAUAGCAACCCUUCUGGAUCAUAUUCUACAAUACUGUAAGAAACCAGAUCCAAAGAAAACCCCUCUCGUCCCACUUCGGAUGCCCAAGAAGCUUUACUUCCACAUUGACCGUGAGAUUAAGCGAGAUAUUGAGCAUGCCAAGCAGAACCUUGAUAUACUGAUCAACGACCUGGAUAUCCGAUGCUUCAAUUUCCGAAGGUUUGGGAAGGAGUUGCCCAAGAGGCACAACCUGAGUCCCAACGCCUUCAUCCAGGUGGCGCUGCAGCUGGCCUACUACAAAGUUCACAAUGAGGUAUGUGCCACCUGUGACAUCGCCUCCCAGAGGAUGUUUCGGGGGGGGCGCACAGACUACAUCCGCUCUCCAACCAAUCAAACACUGAAGUUUGUGCUUGCAUUUCAAGACCCAUCUGUCUCGAGGGAGAUAAAGCUGGAAUUACUCAGAGACGCAGUAGAGACCUAUGUUGCGCUUACUGAUCAGGCACUCCGAGGACAAGCCAUCGACCGCCACCUGUUGGGCCUGAAGCUUCAAGCCAUUGAGGAGGGACGGAGCGUUCCCAGCCUGUUCAUGGACACUGCUUACGGGCUUGCCACCCACUGGAAACUUCGAACAGGCCAGGUGCCUGCAAACACAGACAGUGUGAUGUGUUUUGGUCCUCUUGUUCCCGACGGAUACGCUGUGUGCUACAACCCCCAGUCGGACCAUGUCCACUUUUCCAUAACAGCCUUCAACUGCUGUGAGGAGACCCAAGCUGAGACAUUAGCAGCCGUCCUGCACAGCACCCUCUGCCAGCUUCAGGAACUACUCCAGUCUACUGUAUAGUAGGCAGUAGGCAUUCAUUAAGCUUCACAUUUUAAGAUAACAUACUGAAAUACGGGCAGACUACCAGAACCUCAGCUUUCAGUGGCUAAGCGCUUUUACUGUUAUGCGCCCUAAUUAAUAUAACCUGGAACUGAUAUGAGAAGCAACUGAGGUUCUAGCGCUUUGAAGUACGCAUGUGUAUGGCAUUUGUUAUAUCUGAUAGCAGGUUUUGCUGCUAAGUUUAACAAACUUAAGUUAACAAAGACAUUUAGUCAACCAUCCUAUCUGUCUUUUCAUUUUGUGUGCAGAUUCUUGAAAAGGACCAAUGUCAACAAACCGUGCCUAUACUUGUAUGAAGCAUACACUUUAACUGAACACAGGUUUUAUGGCAGGGAAUUUCUCACUUAGGCCAAAUGUAGAUGCCUCAAAAUUAUUUAUUUCAUUAAUUAGACUGGUUAUAAGAGCUUUCUUUUUCAAUUAUUUGCAAAAUAAGCACUUGGAAAAUCACUGUACCUACUAGAGGCAUGUGACUGAUUUCUAAACAUCUAUAAUCGGUAGAGGUUUCUGAUUGGAGAGCCACCAUCUUCCAUCAUUUUUUAAGCCAAAAUCUAAGUAUGGAAAUAUUUUUGUUUUGACUAAGAACAGACAUGUUUCCUCUACUUGUAUUGAAGCAUAGGGCCAUACCGGUUUUAACCACAGUCCAGUGUAAAACAAACAGUGCUAACAAGGCCAUGGUUACCAGUCUGGCUUUACUUUGGCCUGUCACUAAACUGUCUCUGACGCUAUGAGUUUGAAAGUUCCUGCAAAUGUGUGUCCAACGUUUUACAUGUUUGUCUAUAAGCCGUUUACGUUGCUAAAUGCUGCUCACACUUUGCUCCUUUUUUGAGGUUCUGCUGAUCCUUCCAUUUCCUUCCUUCUGCAUUAUACUUCAUUUUUUACAAACCAGUGGCCAUUCAAGAGAAUAUUCCAAAUUGGUUUUGUUAGAAUGCUGCCAUAUUUUUGUUGGGCAUGCUGAAAAAGAGCUGUCAGACACAAACAGGAAGUAUCACUUAAAGUGAUUUAUAAAACCAAUUAAUGAAAAUGGCAAUGUUCUAGUAAUGCAAUGGAAAACCGUUUGCAUUGGAUAUGAAUUCUUACAUUUUGUCCUCCUGUCUGUUUGAUACAGUUGAGAUAGACUGCCUGUUGGAGCCAUAUUUCUUUUUAAUAUCUUGUAAGCCUCAGCGCUGGGCAAUUUUGGCAAGGUCCAGCUUUUACAAGUCAAGACUGGACAAGUAUAUUGUAGAAGACAUGCACCAGUUGGUUUAUACCUGUGCAGUUCUAGGGAGGAGGAGUCCGCAGUGCCAGGUUUACCUCUGGAAAAUCUAAAUGGAGAACUCUGCACCGUUUUCGUAGGAAUCUGUUUGGAGAAGGAUCUGAAAAGCUAGAUUCACAGCUGCUCUGAUAAAUGAAUUUAGUGAAUUUAAAGCUGAAUAAAUGUCUGCAAAAUA